CAUCUUUGUGGUCCAUGUAGCUCCUCUGCAGUAGCUGUCUGUCCCCAUCCGCUCCUCGGGUCACCUCGAGGACAAAUGUGAAGUUGGGGAAGCCCAGUUUGCCAUGUGUAAAACUUAGUGAAUUGUCUCUGUGAACAGAAUGAAGCCUCGGGCUUGCUUUUCUAGGAAAAUAGCCCAGAAUAGCUAUUCCUUUCUGCCUGGAAAACACAAUUUACCCUGACGAAAAGCUUAGGCAAAGAUGAGCUGCCACCUGCUGGCUCCAUAAGGCUUUGGGCUGGGGGUUGUUUGCUGGAUCCCUGAGCAGGAGAACCUGGAUCCUGUGCCCUACCCCAGGCUGGAGUUUUGGGAGGCUCAGGUGGGUUUUUGAGAGCUUUCUGCUAAGAAAAGCAGCAUUGGGCUGUUCAGCAGAGUUAUCAUAAGGGCAUUAGAAAAACAUCCUAAGGAACUUUCUGGGAUUACGGUAAUAUUUAUAUUUGCUAAUUUUUCUCCUAGCUCUGGUAAGUAAAGAUAGCUCUUUCAAGUGCAGCACAUUUUUCAUAAACAGUUCUGUAUAAUCUGACACACUGGAAAAUAAAAUUGUUGCCAUCGUCGGGGUUCCCUGGGGAAAUGCUCAGAUUAGGCUCCUCCAAGGAGCUGGGAUGGUCUGGGGCCCUGAGUGGUGCAGGAAUGCUGACAGCCCUGUGGACCCCCCUGCUCUGGGCAGGGUUCACGCAGAGGCUGGGGGGAAGGAGGCUGGGGAGGAACAAAUGAGAUUAAAGUGAACUCUGUGAAUGUGCUGGCCAAAACCAGCUCGGUUUGUUUUUCGUGAUGUCGCUUCUAUUUUAAAAUCCAAGUCACGGAAACCAUUUGCAGUGGACUUUAACAACCCUGGAGUUUCCUGUGGACAAUUUGUUUCUAAAGAGUUUCUCCUGUGAGGGUCCAAAGAAAUCGUGUUCUUAAAUAUAAUAGAAAUUGGGAGGAGUGGGAGUUUUUAAAAGAUAAUUGGGAGCUUGCUAUUUUUAGAAUCUUUUGGUUUUUAAAAAUAUACUUUCAGAGAGGAGAGGAGAAAACAAAAAUAUUUUAACUUAUAGAUAAGAGAUGUAUGGAAGUUGCUUGACAGUUUCAGGGGAUGAUUCAGGUAAUUAUAAAAUGGCCUAAAUUAAAGUUACUACUGUUUUCUUAUUUCUUUAGUUCUUCAUUGAUUUCUCAGGUGAAGGAAUAAUGACAAGAUUUUUGUCUCUGUGAUGUCCAGCAGAAUUUCUUCAUUUUUGAUUUUUCAAGUUGUCUUCUGCAUAACAGAGAAUUGAAAUUUGAUGGACUGGAAGUGAUGGCUUUGUUUCCAUUUCCCUAAAUGUUUCUUAUGUGACUAUGAAGUUGCUGAAGAACUUCCCCUUAUACUUAUAUAUCUAAAAAAGCCCUUUGGACUUUUAAUAUAUGUAAUGUUUUCAUGGUAAAGCUGAGAAGGAUACUUAGAAGAAAACUAGCUUGGCUCAUCAAAAAAGGGCAAAGUAUUUGCAAAGCCAAAAUUGAGGGUUACAGUUUUGCCUGUGACUCUGCAGUAAGAUCACACACAUAUAUAUAAUGUGCCACAAAUAUUCACAGGCCAAGUAACUGCUCUUUCUAAAAACUUGUAGUUUGUUCCUCAUGUCUCUAUGCAGAACUGCUGCAGUGAGUGGUGGAAAACAAAUAGAGUACCAAGUGUGUUUAAUGGGAGGUGAAGGGCUUGUUUGAUUAGAUUAGGGCUUCAGCUGGCCUUUAUGCCCUUUUAUGCAAUGAGAAUUCCUAACACCAUGUUUUAAAACCUGAUUUUUAGUAUGUUAUACGCUAGUGUUUUAUAUGCUGUGAUUUCUUUUGUAGGGAAUGUUUCUGAAAGUCAUUACCAAGCAACCUCUGUGUAGUACAGAUGUGCUAGUCAAUGCUGCCAUCAUAAAGUUUUAAAGGAUUGACUGGAGUGCUGCUGCUUAGGAGCUGUAUUUCCUACGCUUUUCAUCAAGAUCUGGUUAAGAAUUAAGAGUUGGACUUCGAAGUAUUUGAGCAACUUGCUACUGCCCAAGUCAUGACGCUCCCAUUUCGAAAGGACUUGGACAAGUACAAAGAUCUAGAUGAGGAUGAAAUUCUUGGCAAACUUUCAGAAGAAGAACUGAAACAACUGGAAAAUGUUUUGGAUGAUCUUGACCCUGAGAAUGCUCUCCUGCCCGCAGGCUUCCGGCAGAAGGACCAGACUGCAAAGAAGGCCUCAGGUCCCUUCGACCGGGAGCGGCUCCUGGCGUACUUGGAGAAGCAGGCGCUCGAGCACAAAGACAGGGAGGACUAUGUGCCUUUUACAAGAGAAAAGAAAGGGAAAAUAUUUAUCCCCAAGCAAAAACCUGUACAGUCUUUUGCAGAAGAAAAAUUCUCUCUUGAUCCAGAACUGGAGGAAGCCUUGACCAGUGCCACAGACACAGAAUUAGGUGACCUUGCAGCUAUACUGGGAAUGUCCAACUUGAUAACAAACAAUCAGUUCUGUGAUGUAGUAGGAAGCAGUAAUGGGAUUGACAAAGACAGCUUCUCAAAUAUAGUAAAAGGUGAAAAAAUGUUGCCUGUUUUUGAUGAACCACCAAAUCCCACAAAUGUGGAGGAGACGCUGCAGAGGAUUAAAGAUAAUGAUUCUCGUCUUGUUGAAGUUAAUCUAAAUAACAUUAAGAACAUACCAAUUCCAACGCUGAAAGAAUUUGCAAAAGCCUUAGAAACCAACACACAUGUGAAGAAUUUUAGCCUGGCAGCCACCCGAAGCAAUGAUCCUGUUGCUGUUGCUCUUGCAGAAAUGUUGAGAGUAAACACAAAAUUGAAAAGUUUAAACAUAGAAUCAAACUUCAUCACUGGAGUUGGAAUUCUGGCACUGGUUGAUGCACUGAAAGACAAUGAAACGUUGACAGAGAUCAAAAUUGAUAAUCAGAGGCAGCAGCUGGGCACACUUGCAGAAGUAGAAAUUGCCAAAAUGCUUGAAGAAAACACCAAGAUCCUCAAAUUUGGAUACCAUUUCACACAACAGGGACCUCGAGCCAGGGCAGCUGCAGCUAUCACAAAAAAUAAUGAUUUGGUUCGCAAGAGAAGGGUUGAAGGAGACAAUUAGCAAUCCUGCUGUCAAAACCCGGUGGAGUCAUCACGGUCAGCACCGUGGGCUUUGGCAACCUUGGACUACAUUGACCUGGCUUAGAAGGGAAAAGACUGGAAACCCCAUUCCUUUAAAAGCAAAGCUAUAUAAUCUGCUGGUAUGCAUCACGUUUUUCAUGGAGACACAGUAACUGCACCAGUCUCUGUACCAUGGUUUUUGACUGGGGUUUUUUUUAAGAACUUUUUUUGUAUUUCAAGACUUCGGCUGAGCUUUCUACUUAAAAUAUAAUUGCAAAUCAAUGGUAUAAUUGUCUGUAGUCAAAGAAUGGGACAUUUAAGGUCAUUGAGAAGAUAAUGACCCAAUUAAAAUGUUUGUUAGAAAAUCCGGGGGUGCUUAUUUACGUGGAGGGGUGUGUCUAUUCCUGAAAACAAUGGGUUAGUGAUAAGGGAUUCUUCACCCAACAGCUGGACUCAUUGUGUAGAGCUGUUCAGCUUUGUUCAUAUGCACUGAAGAGAAAUCUUUCACAGCAAUGUUAUUUGUAAUUCUACUGUUUUAUUUUUUAUUAGUUCUUGAUAAUGUGAGUAAGUUUAAAGACAUCCCUUUAAGGCAAACCAAAAUCAAUGGGCUAAGGACUUCUACCAAGAGAUUAGAGGGACUCAUACAAAAGACUUGCAAAAAAAAAAAAAUUAGGAACCUUGCAAAAUGACAGGGUUUUUUAUUACACCUAAAUCCUUUAAGUCUUUUUCAAAAGUGUGUCUUGCUCUGUAUCUGAACUGGAUAUAUUUUUAGGCUGAUUUCAUGUGUUCAUCAACAUUAUUUAGUUUAUAAUCUUUGUUUAAAAAUCUUUAUCUACAUUCACAAGUAUCAAUUUCUCUAGAAGUAGCGGACAUGCAUAUUUUAAAUUCUGCAUAACUGUACAGGAAGAGCAACCUUAAGUGUAAAACCACUGACCUAAAUUGCUGGCAAAUGAAAAAUCCUUUAUUUGAAGCUGUUGUAUUAAGCUAUUUGUACUUCAUAUAAAUCUACCAUUUUUUAAUACUGAAGUAACACUUUUGAGAAAGGAUUUUUCUAUUUUACUUAUGUCUCGAUGUUGGAACACUACCUAAGACAUGCAAAAAUUAAUCAAUCUGUAGUGUCAGAUCUGUAUGAUGUAGUAAUUAUUAAAGUAUUUAAAGUUGUUUAAGCAAACUAAUAAGGCAACAAGAAUCACUUCAACUUCUGCACAUAAUCACAAUACACUUCUUUGAAAUAAUAUAAAAACCUAGAGGCUUUUUGGUUAGGUCUGCUUGGACUGUCCUGUACUAGUUUGCUUUGAGGUCACAAAAAUGUUCUAAAGGACUGCUUGGCUAUAUUUAUAGCAACAGAGAAUUCAACUGACAACUCUUUUCAUUCAGAGAUCUUAAUGUGGUGAGCUUUUAUGUAUAGAAAACAUAUUUACAUGGAGGGGACUGAGAUGUUUGCAUCAGUUUGUAUAUACCAUAAGAACCUAACAGAGCAAGUCUCUGACACUGUGCCCACGUUGUAAUUUGCUGCAAAUCUUGUUUUGGAUCUUUAAAGACAGACUUUAUUCCAGAGGUGAGUUCGAAUUUUACUGCAACAGUGAAUAUUAAACUACAGUACCUUCAAUGAGGAUGUAUAUAAUUGGUUUAUACGUGUGGAAGAACUUUUUUUUUCCUAUUUCAAAAUCAGCCUUUUAUUAGAAUUACAAAUAAAUAUGUGCUCUUCAAAACAACUUGGAAUUAAUUCUGUUAAAACCAAAGACUAUACUUACUAUAACCUUGAAAAAACUAGGGGUGAUCUGAUGAGUAACAAAAAGGGCUUCUUUUGGGUUUAGCUUUCGUAAAUUUCCAAGAACUUUAUAGAUUUUGAAAUUUAAGUUCCUAUACAGUGUGCAUAAAGUCACAUUUAAGUGGGUUUUUUUACAGAUAGUGCUGUGUAAAGAUGGCCAAAGCAUGUCAUGUGCUGAGUUGCCUAAAGCUGUACUUUACUUUUUGUUUGCUAGGCACCAUAAUCAUUUUGUGUCAAAAAACAGGCUGUGAUGUCUUCCUUCAUUUGUUGAAGGGCUGCCAUAUUCAGAGAAUCUGUUCAUGUAUUGUGAUUCUAUGAUGACUUAUUUUAUCAUUAUCUAACAAGAUUAGACAGUUAUCUCCUACUUGAAAAUUAAGGACAAAAUUGAAAGGCUGGAUUAUGGAAAUGAUAGCCCAAAUCCCUUCCUUACUUCUGUUAAAUCAAGUUUAGCUGUUUAAUUAUUUACAUCCUAAUCAAAGGCAGGGGCUUUUAAGCUGCAGCUCUCAGGUGUCCUGUCACCGGCGAUAGUCGUGGACCUUAAUAAUUGGUUUAGCUCUGUAGACAGCAGGUAAGAAUUUGACUUUGUCAGCACUUUAAGGACAGGUAUUUGACAGACUGGGCUUAGAAAAUUUUGUUGUUUUGGCAUGUGCAUGGAACAAUUAACAACAAUCACUUUUGUGCCUGCAACGUGUAUCCUGUUUGGAAUAAAUGAGGGAAUUCAGUCUGUAGCCAGGAAUCAUACACGGUCUCAACAAACCAAGUGGACGCUCUGAUGUCGUGCUGUAGGUGUGGUGAGAUCCUGUGUAUGACUUCAUUGAUUCUGAGUGAAAGAGUGGUAUUGCUUUGAUAACCACUUACCAGAGACACAAGGUCUUUUUUCUAAGAGAUGAUUUUUUUUUCAUAUGGAUUGUUUUUCAGCCUUAAUGAAGAAGUCAAAUGACUGCAUAUAUUGAUUCUGUUGGUUCCCAGCUAAGCACGGAAACAUAGCCUAUAAUUCAAAGCAAUUAUCUAUUACUGUUGUAUUUUAACGAAAUAGCCUCAUUCUCUCUACAGCUUGAGUAAUCUUGUGUUUGUAAGCUACAAACAAGCAAGUGUUCAAUUUAAAUUUCCAUUGAGGAAACAUGCAUUGAGUUUUUUAGCCUAUCAGCACUAUAUGCUGUCGGAUUGUAAACCAGUAAACGCUGUGGAUGAUUAAAGUACUGUAUUCUUGUUGUGGUUUUG